AACGUCUGAAAAAUUAAUUCCCAUAAGAAAAAGUUUUUUUUACCUGUAAAAACUUGUAAAAAGCUCAAUUCAAUAUCACAGUUGACUGGUUAGCGUCAAUGUUAAAUAUAAAUUAUACGGAAAUCAAUAAACAAUUUCCUAUUUGUUUUAAUGGUCGUCAAAUUUACUUCGGUAAAAGGUGACGCAUCUGCGGAGGAUAUCGACACAGCCAUGAGGCUGGGCGCCGGGUACCCCAUGGGCCCGCUGGAGCUGUCCGACUACACGGGACUCGACACCAAGACCUACAUCCUCGGCAUCAUGUUGAAACGGACGGGACAUCCCGUGUUCAAGCCGAUACCGAUGUUGGACAAGUUGGUGGAGCAAGGGAAGUUGGGACGGAAAACUGGUGAAGGAUUGUAUAAAUAUAACAAGUGAUCUCGUUUAUGUUGUGUUAUUUGAAUUAUAGGUAGAUUUAAUCAUUUC